CUCACAGCCGUUUGUCUACCCGGAGCGCUGGUUGUCAGAAGAAAGGGACAGUUUGUCCCACCGGCGUUUUAUUUAGCAGCAGAAGGUCGUCCGCAGCUUUGCGGUAUUUGACAGCACUGAAAACCGAAACUAGCCCUAAAAAAAACCCCAAAGUAAUUUCUGUUGCGGGGCUGGUGGUCGAGACGCGGAGUGAUGUGAGUAUUGCCGGUAAAACAGAGGGACGCGGCUGAACGUCGCGUUUGGUCCGGGGUCGUUAUGAAACCGUGUUAGCUAACGUUAGCCGUUGCUAGUCGUUAGCUACGCUGACAAGCGGCGGUGACGGUAGCCAGCUAGCCAGCGAAUGCUAAGUGAAUUCCGGCACGGCAGCAUUUUAGCUUCGAAUUAAUAUACCCGCAUCGAAGCAGGCUGUUUGGACCCCAGUUCCCACUUCCCGGUCUUGGACCCAGGAUCCUCCAUACAGUGGCUGGUUUGAUGGCAGCCACGGCGAGCGCCCGGCGGCUCCCUAUGGGUGUGCGGACGUUCAGUGACUUUCUCCAGAUCGCCACUGUGGGCUCCCCUCGGUCGUGUCGUACGGUAGUUCAGAGAGGAUGCCAGCGACAGAACAUCAGACACUUGUCAUCAUGUGGCAUUUUGAUGACAAGAACUCCCAGAGUGCUUUGCCUUCAAGACUGGGACACAAUGACGGCCGUUCCUCAGAGCAGAAACUUCAUCAGUCUCACCAACAAAAGGAAGGAGUACUCCGAGCGUAGGAUCAUUGGGUUUUCUAUGCAGGAGAUGUACGAUGUGGUGGCCAACGUCGACGACUACAAGCACUUUGUUCCCUGGUGUAAGAAGUCCGUGACCAUCAUGAAGAGAGCAGGCCACUCUAAAGCCCAGCUGGAAGUGGGAUUCCCUCCGGUGGUGGAGAGAUACACGUCUAUGAUCACUUGUGUCCGGCCUCAUCUAGUUAAAGCCGUGUGUACAGACGGUAAGCUCUUCAACCACCUGGAGACGAUAUGGCGCUUUAGUCCUGGCAUUCCUGGUUACCCUCGCACCUGCACCGUAGACUUUUCUAUUUCCUUCGAGUUCCGCUCUUUGCUGCACUCCCAGUUAGCCACCAUGUUCUUCGACGAGGUUGUAAAGCAGAACGUCGCCGCGUUCGAGCGGCGGGCCUGUAAGCUCUACGGCCCAGAGACUCGAAUCCCUCGAGAGCUGAUGUUUCACGAGGUGCAUCAGACGUGAUCCCGGCACCUGUACGUCCUCCUCUGGCCUUAAACCUCACCAACCUUUAUUCCCCCUUUUAUCCUCACCAAACCUGCAUGAUGCUGCUUAGUCACCCGUCACUUCAAGUCUCCACCGCCACACCUGAAGCUGUUGGAGACAUCCAACUCUUGUAAGCAUUGUGUUGGAACUCUUGCUAAUCAUCUCCUCCUCCUCCUCCUCCUCCUCCUCCUCCUCGUGUCGUCUGUCCUCCCUCUGUCUACCUCCACUCAGGGAUCCUUCUGUCAGCUGAAGGGACCCGUCACUGCUCUUGCUCCAUGGCCGUUACAAGCUGUAUUUAUGUGAACGAAACAGUAAACCAUUGCAACAUCACGUCACCAGUGGUAGAGAGUCGACUUUUAUUUAAAACGAACAGCAAAGUGACACUAAAACAACAAAAAAAAAUCCUUUAUACCAAUAAAAAGGUGCAGACUUUUGCUCUCAACUGGGAUCAAGUCUAAUAGUCCACUGCGACCUGAAGGCCUCUCGCCACGCGGACACGUUGUCUUGUUUUUGAUUUUUUGUUUUAGUUCAGUUCAGCUCUUGGAUCAGCUGAUUAUACUGUAUUAGAAAAGCUCAUUCUUUGCCUUUUUUUUUCUUUUUAUCAUUGCCCUUUUAUUUCAGAUGGAAGUUUUAAUAUAUAUUUUUUUGACAGAGUAGUGAACUUGGUGCAAAACAAUAAUUCAUUUCAUCCUUUUUAAUUUCUACCAUCGGAGUUUAAAUGCACAUUUUUACUGUUUUUAUUUGGGUUUCAGAUUAAAUGUGCCAUGUUUGAGAAGUUGUCGCAGUAUCACUGAAGUAUUUGAAGGGAAAACAUUUUUUAAAAAAGGUCAUUUCUUCUUUAGCUAACUGUGCCCUCGAUUGGCUGUGAGGGUUUUUUUGGGGGGAACGUGAACUUUAACUCGGCUGUUGUUGUUGCUGUGAGAAUUGUGUUUUCGGACAGUGAGACUUGGCCUGCCAAUUUUUGACGAUGCUUUAUUUUACAGUCCAGCACUCGUAACAAAAACACUUUGCACAAAAACAAGAAAAAAAGGGGGGGCGACUGAAUGAAUCCACGGACCUGCUGGAGAAAAAACUGUGAAAUAACAAGAAACAACAAAAAUGUCACAGAUCAGACAGAAAGAUCUGGAUCGUUAAAGGAUCAUUCAGAUUAUCUCUGCUUGUAAUUAUGGAAAAUGUAUUGAUAGUAAUCUGACUGCUGCAGUGAUAGAAGCGCUUCUGUAACAGGUUAUAUUAAAAGUUUUCCUGCUCUGCUUUGUUUUUACGCGACGGUCGGUCCUGCGUCUCGCACCUCCUGCUGGGCUGUAGAAUAAAACAUCAUCCAUCAUUUAUCAUCGUCUGUCGCUUUCAUGCUGAUUUUUAUUUGGGAUGUUUUCUGCUUUUAUUUAUGAACAUGAUGAUGCAUGAAUGUAUUAAUUAAAAAAAAAAAAAAUAGAGGCAAAUAUAGUCAACAACAUUUCCAAGUGUGUAUGUGUUGCGUUGUUGGGGCAUGACUACGUUUAGUUUGGAUUUAUAUUUUAAUGUCGAAGAAGCUCGUCGCUUUACUCCAUCAUGAAGUCCACAGAUUGUGUUUUUCCAUUUUUAGCGGUGACUGAUUCGGAGUCACCAGAGGUUGGUGGAAGACACGAAAGGCAUUUUUAAACAUUUCUACUCGCUCAAAGCACCAAACUCCGAUUAAACCGGGUCAUAUUUUUUGCCUGCAAGUUGACGUGGUUUGUUUUCUUCUGUUGUUGAUCAUCUAUGCAUGAGGAAUGUUUUGUUAAAUCAGAAUGGGUCUGUGAGUCGCUGUUCUGUAAAGAAACGAUCGCAGUUUAACUUAUUAAAAGGAUCAUUGAAGCGAGUGUUACAUCCUGAAGCGUUGAUGAUGCAGAUUAAAGGAUAAGUUCACCCAGAAAUAAGAAAUUCAGUCGUCAUCUCCUCGUCCAGAUGCUGAUGGGAACAUCAGGGGAAGUUUUGCAGUCAACAAAACAUUUCUGGAGCUUCACAGUAAAACAGCGUUGCAUAGUUCUAAUCAACUGAAGUAGCUGGAGACUUGUUUUAAAAUGUACAAAAUAAAGAAGCCUAAAAUGUAGUCAGAGUCUCCAGAAGCCUCGAGAUCCAAUAUUAAUUUAGACAGACGUUAUUUACAUGUUUUUUUUAACAAUAGCUGUAGCUGCUAAGCUAAAAGCACGAGCUAGACUGUGUGUCAAGGGUGUAAAUAUUUUUUUUUUUCCACAUAAUUUCGGGACUUCUGCAGACGUAGAUUACGCUGCACGGGCUGUACGGUGCAAUUUUAUGUGUUUUAUUUUUACGUUUUAAACCGUGUCUCCGCGAAAUGCUCCAGAAAUGUUUUGAGGACCACGAAACUUCACCUCCAACUUCCCAUCAGCACUGCGUUGAGGAGACGAGGACUGAAUAUUCAUUUGUGGGUGAAUUUGCCCCCUUUUAAGUUUAUUUGUGACCAUGUUGGAUUUUUAGCGUCUUCCCCCUCAAGUUCAGAGAAGUUUUGUUUUCAGUAUGUUUCAUCAAGUUUCACCAAGUUUCAUCAUCACAGCUGCCAAUUCUGUGUCACAAAGAGACGACAUAAUAAAUAACAUAAACCCAAGAAAUAUUAAAGAGGGCUUUAUAGAAUCGUCACACUUUGUCACAGUACAGGUGAAUAAAUACACUUUGGUCCGGCCUGGUUUGUAUAUAAGGCAGGAGACACACUACUCUGACCGACUGAAGAGUUGCUACAGUACGAUAGAAUAUUUUGCCGUCGUCUUGCAGUCCAGUCACU